UAAUUAUAGCCUAAAUAAAUAUUUUUUUUCUUUAUGACGCUUAAUGUUAAUGUCACUUUAACAUUUUAACGUUUUAAUUCCACACGAGUUUCAGUCACGCUUUUAUUCCCCUUUUUUCUUUAUUAGUUUAACACGUUAUUUAGUGUGAUGGUUAAGGCGCGCGCGGCGGAACUGAACUCCGGUGCCGCGUUGCUGCUCGCGCGGCUCUUCAGCUUGGCGCGUGACACGGGAGACACAGGCGUAGCGGGUUCGGGGUCCGAGUCUUGGGCGAUGAUGAUGAUGACCCAGCCGCCGCCGCCACUGUCCACCGUGCCGCGGAUUCCGCCCGAGGCUGGCAACCGGACGCGCUGUGCAGAGCACGUGCAGAGUUACGGCGGCGUAGAGCGCGCGCUAAUCGGAGGCGUCCUGACAGCCCUGACACUCGUUACGGCGUGCGGAAACCUGUUGGUGGUGGUGUCCGUGUGCUCGGUGAAGAAGCUGCGGCAACCCUCCAACUACCUGAUCGUGUCCCUCGCGCUGGCGGAUCUCUCCGUGGCGCUCGCCGUCAUGCCGUUCGUCAGCGUCACUGAUCUGAUCGGCGGUCGCUGGAUCUUCGGCCAGUUCUUCUGCAACGUUUUCAUCGCCAUGGACGUCAUGUGCUGCACCGCGUCCAUCAUGACCCUCUGCGUCAUCAGCAUCGACAGGUACCUGGGCAUCACGAGGCCCUUAACAUACCCGGUGCGUCAGAACGGAUGGUGCAUGGCCAGGAUGGUUCUGUCGGUGUGGUUGCUCUCAGCCUCCAUCACACUCCCACCGCUGUUCGGUUGGGCUCAAAAUGUCAACGAUGAUAACCAGUGUCUAAUCAGCCAGGACUUUGGCUACACCAUCUACUCCACUGCCGUGGCCUUCUACAUCCCCAUGAGCGUCAUGCUGGUUAUGUACCGCCGUAUUUACCGCACUGCCAAGCUCAGCGCCGCCAAGCAUGCCAUUUCAGGCUUCCCACGCCCGAGUGACGAAGGUGAUGAUGACGACAGGAACAGCCGAGACGACGAUAGCGACUGCAUGACCACGGCUAUGAAGAUGCACCGGCUCAGAGGUGCUAAGUGGAAUGAAGCCGAACGCAAGAGCGCCUCCAUCUUCAGGCGUGAGCAGAAGGCGGCGGCCACACUGGGCAUGGUGCUGGGCGCGUUUACUUUCUGCUGGCUGCCCUUCUUCGUGUUGUCGACACUGCGUCCGUUCGUGUGCGGCGUGCGCUGCAGCUGCGUGCCUCUGUGGAUAGAGAGAACGCUGCUGUGGCUCGGCUACGCCAACUCGCUCAUCAACCCAUUUAUCUAUGCCUUCUCCAACCGGGACCUGCGCACCGCCUACCGCAGCCUGCUCGCCUGCCGCUACCGCAACAUCAGCCGCAGGCUCUCUGCCGCCGGUAUGCACGAGGCGCUGAGACUCGGCCCGAGGUCAGAGGUCACGCUGUCCGUCUGAACAAGAUUUCAAAUCCUCUCAAGCUCUAGUCAAGUCUUUAUGGAUGAUUGUAUUUUAGUGUAAGGUGUGAGGAUGUGGAAGGCACUUACGGUAACAACCACACCUCAAUGCCUGAGGUCUGAGGUCGGACUUUAUAUAUAAACAACGCUAAAUUAAAUUUGAAAGUUAAAGAUGUCCAGGGGUCAAAGUUCACCAAGGCAGACUAACCUUUAAUAUGUAGUAAUGAGUAGCAAUCACAAUUUAAAAUCCUGGUCAAUUUAAACAUAUCAGUAAAAAAAAAGUUCUAAAGCUCCAUGUUGUGUUUUUUUAAGUGUUGUGAAAAAUAUUCAUAAAAGUUUCUAAUAAUUCUUUAGAAUUUUUUUAAUUAACUAACAAAGAACUAAAUGUGUUAAAAUGAUCAAACGACAGCUGAAAUCACAGGUCAUAGUCCUAGUAGGCGUGGCCUGAUAUUCUAAUGAGCUAUGUGAUUGACAGCCCGGUGUAAUGUUGUUUUAUUGACUGUAACCUCAGAAGUGAAGGAUGUUUUUAUCUUCAGCAAGCUGGAGUGUCAUCUGAACGGGUUCCAACAGAAGCAGGUUGAUGUGUCGAGGCCGUUAUUGUGCUUCAGCUCAGAGCUCAUGGGACUAAAAUAAUCUACAUGUAAAUGACGUAAGAGUAAAAAAGAUCAGAACAGGUCUGGUGUUCGGUGUCAUGCUGAAGCUCCAUAAAUCUCGCACAAGGGUCUGAUACUAUCAAAAUAAUUAGAAGGACUCCAGGGAAAUGUCAUCAUUCACAGUUCCUAAUAAUCCUAUACAAUGUCUUGUCAUGCGUUAUAAUGCCUGACUCUUAUGUAGUCGGCUCAGUUACAGAAAACCGGUGCAGCGUUUCUUCAGUUCCUCACUCACAACUUUACUUCCUACCUGCGGUUAUUUUACUGUACGUCUGAGAAACAUCAGAUAAAUGUAUCAUCGUGGUUCUAUCAUCAUCAUCAUCCUCAUCAUCAUCAUCAUCUCUCUUAUUAUCAAUAACGUGUCCUGAGAUGUUAGGAAGAGAAACCAAGCUCAGAAGGACGCAGCAGUGAUGGCUGGUGUCUCUGGUGAGUGAUGUAAUGCUACAGUUAGCUCGCUUUGCUAAUCUGAUCUGAGGAGGAAGCUGAGUAAAAUAAAAUCACACAACUCAUUAGACUUUAACUCAUUAGUUCAUUCUUCCUUCACUAGUUAGCAUUAUUUGUACAGCCACAACUGAUUUUUAUCGUUAAUUAAAAUAUCGAGUGCUACACAGGCCACGCCCACAAGCGACAGACUGUAAAGGACACAACUCUCCUCUGGAGCACAACCAGCACCACCGUGUAUAAGGGAAUAGAACAGAUUAUCAGUAGACGCUUUAAGUCCUGACUUUUUUACACCAGCAACAUUUGAUACAGUGUUGAAUUUAUUCUGUACAGUAAAUGUAGAGUAACAUAAAACAUCUGCAUGUCACUGAUGUUUAUGAUAUUAUUAUUAUUCAUCACAUUUAACCAUCCUGAUGUUCACACUCUGUUGUUAUUCUCCAUGUUUAAACGUGUGUAUUUCGUACCCAUGACAACAGAAAGCUACGGCGUCACUGAGUUUCUGUACAUCAUUAAAAAUCUGUUUCUAUACUGAAGC